UGUAUACAAAAAAUAGACUAUAGUGUAUCACAGCUAACUUCACUUAAAAACUGUCAAACAAUCAUGGCCGUCUAGAUUUGUUUGGGAUUUUAAAAUUAACUCUACAGGGGUAUGAAUGAAAAUUACAACUUAACAGAACGUUUAUUGGUUAUUGUGCUUGUGUUGGCGUUUAUUUGGGUGUGUAAGGAGUUAUUGUAGCAUGUCCAAGCAUAAAGUAUCGUACUUUUUCAACCCUGAUGUGGGUAAUUUUCACUAUGGUACUGGACACCCUAUGAAACCCCAUAGACUAUCUGUUAUACAUAGUUUAGUGUUGAAUUACGGUUUAAACAAGCACAUGCAGAUAUACAGGCCGUAUAAAGCCAGUGUGCAUGAUAUGUGUAGAUUUCACUCCGAUGAGUAUAUAGACUUUCUUCAGAGAGUUACCCCGCAGAAUAUACAGGCUUUUACGAAACACUUGAGCCACUAUAAUGUGGGGGAUGAUUGUCCAGUGUUUUAUGGUUUGUUUGAUUUUUGUUCCAUGUACACUGGGGCUAGUUUAGAGGGUGCAAUGAAACUGAACAAUAAUCACUGCGAUAUCGCUAUAAAUUGGUCUGGCGGUUUACAUCACGCAAAAAAAUUCGAAGCUUCGGGGUUUUGCUACGUAAACGACAUCGUAAUCGGCAUUUUGGAACUGCUAAAGUUACACCCGAGGGUUCUAUACAUCGACAUCGAUGUACACCAUGGAGAUGGCGUACAGGAAGCAUUUUACUUGACCGAUAGAGUCAUGACUGUUAGUUUCCACAAGUACGGAAACUACUUCUUCCCCGGAACAGGAGAUAUGUACGAAAUUGGCGCGGAAAGUGGGCGGUACUACUCUGUAAACGUGCCCCUUAAGGAAGGCAUCGACGAUCAAAGUUACUGGCAGGUUUUUAAGCCUGUUAUAGGGAAUGUCAUGGAGUUUUUUCAGCCCACUGCUAUUGUUUUGCAGUGUGGGGCCGACUCUUUGGCAAAUGAUAGGUUAGGGUGCUUUUCUCUGAGCACUAAAGGCCAUGGUCAAUGUGUCGAGUUUGUUAAGAGCCUUAAUGUUCCUACUUUGGUUGUAGGGGGAGGGGGAUACACUCUAAGAAACGUGGCGAGAUGUUGGACAUAUGAAACGUCCCUAUUGGUUGACGAGCAAAUUUCAAACGAACUCCCCUACACGGAGUAUUUGGAAUUUUUCGCCCCAGAUUUCACGCUUCACCCUGAAGUGGUGACACGGACGGAAAACGCUAACAGUAAACAAUACUUGGAAGCCAUAACAAAGUUUACCUAUGACAAUUUAAAAAUGUGUCAACACUCUCCUAGCGUGCAGAUGCAUGACGUCCCAGGUGAUAUGAUACAAGAAGAUGAAAAAAUAAAAGAAGAAGAAGAUCCUGACGUUCGUAUAAGUCAGGAUUUAGAAGACAAAAUGGUCGAACCCAAAAAUGAAUUUUAUGAUGGGGAUAAGGACAAUGAUAAGGAUGAUGUUAAGACUUAA